UAUCGGACAUAAAAAAGUGGUAUCGUGCCAUCUCUAGUACUGACACUGAUAGAUGUGCAGAAUUAAAAACAGCCUUGACAUAUUCAUGAAUACAGUACAGUAACUAAAGAAAGUGUAGUAGCCACUCAGAAAAAAGUAGACAUUAUGCACAGAACUGUGCUCUGAGCAUCUUAGUGAAAUAUCCACUAUAUUGAUUAUAUAUUAAUAUUGUGGGGUAUGAGUGUUUCUUUUGUUUAUGUUCUGUUUUUAAGGCAGGUUAAAGGAUGGUUUCAGUUGCACAAAGCAGCAGAAGAUGUGUGCUGUUGCUUCUCUUUCGUACCCGGUCAAUCUUUCCCAUCUCUUUCUUCACAUUAGCGUUAGCAACCCUGACGGCGCCAAAAACCGUGGCACUUCCUGCUGCUGACAUUAACAAAUCAAUCUUAAUCCUGCCUGCUACCAUUUCCACUCUUUCAGUGGAAAAAUCUUACAGUGUAUCACAGUCCUACUCAACCUUCUCUUCUCCUGCACGUACCCCACAAACUUUGUCAAAACUCCCAAUCAAGACUGACUCAAAUGCCAAGUCCUCUACCUCUGAAACAUCAGUUCAACUCAUCAACCCAGCACCCCACAGAGAUGUUGCAAACUCACCUAUAACUUCUAAAAAUAUCCAUCUGUUUGGCAAAGAGGUCUCUCCUAGUCCUUAUUCAGGCCAUUGUCGCCACACAUUUUUCUAUCCUGUUCAACCCCUAAAACAAAUUUCAUGGUUGCCAUCUAACCCCUGCAAACAUCUGAAUUUGUCCCACAAAGCUACAGCACCUUUUUCGCACAAACACUCUCAAUCACCUCACACCAAGAGCUGCCUGUAUCCUCUUUCUACUGGAAAAGUUCAUCUUCAACUUGCGAAAACUUCUAAAACUCAAUCUCCUUUGCCGCCAGCCUCACUGUCUCCCCUUUCCAACUCAACCUCACCUCAAAGUGCUUUAAAAAAGCGUCUGGCCCCUCUUCCAGUGUCACCCCUUUCCGCAGCUUUAACCUUCAAAACAACACGGCCUGCCCUUUCUAAAACAUCACCCCUCCUUCCCUACAACACCACUUCAUCUCCUCCGGAAGCAACAACCCCUCGCCUUGCACCUGCCCAUCUUCCCCACACCGUAGGCCCGCUGUUUGAACACCAGCCAUUCAUUGUUACUUGGAAUAUCCCUGAUCUAGUGUGUAAAAGGUAUAACAUCUCACUGGACACCUCAGCCUUUAAAGGAGUGGCCACACCUGCCAAGGUUCCAGGGCAGUUUCUGUCUCUGUUCUACACAGAUCGACUGGGUCUUUAUCCACACAUAGACCUCAAAAGUAGGAAAGAAUUCUACGGCGGGAUCCCUCAGAGAGCUAACCUGAAAGCCAGCUUGGAAAAGGCCAGAGCAGAUAUUAACUACUACAUCCCAUCCAUGACAAACCGAGGCCUGGCUGUGAUAGACUGGGAGGAAUGGCGCCCCCUAUGGGACAGAAAUUGGGGAACCAAAAGAAUCUACCAGACUUUGUCAGUGGCCCAUGUAAUGCAGGCUAAUCUCUCCCUCCCAGUACAACAGGCCACAGUAAAAGCCAAACAGCAGUUUCAGGAGGCAGCAAGGAAUCUUAUGUCAGGGAUGUUGGCCUUGGGCAGAGCUAUGAGACCCAACUAUCUUUGGGGCUUCUACUUGUUCCCCAACUGCUAUAAUUAUGGCUGGAAGGACCAGCACUACACAGGCCAGUGCUCCAAGGAGGUGAGGAGGCAAAAUGAUGAGCUGCUCUGGCUAUGGGAGUCAAGCACAGCCCUUUACCCCUCUGUUUACUUGCAGACCUCUCUAGCAGACAAUCCAAAAGCUGCUCUGAUGGUGAGAAACCGCGUCCAGGAGGCUUUGAGGGUGUCUACCCUUCCUGGAUGGAGUGCUACUGCACCCGUGUUCGUUUACAUGCGUCCUGUUUUUGUUGAUGACAACAAACGCUUCCUCAGCCAGGGGGAUCUGAUCAGCACCGUCGGGGAGAGUGUGGCAGUGGGGGCAUCUGGCGCUGUGCUAUGGGGAGCCAGCAGUGACUAUGAUGACCAGCUUUCUUGUGAAGCCCUCUCCUUCUACCUCACCUCUAUCCUGAAUCCUUACAUCACCAAUGUCACGACAGCUGCCCAGCUGUGCAGCGACUUCCUGUGCCGAGGAAAUGGCCGCUGUGUCAGAAAAAACUACAAGUCCAGCCAUUACCUCCACCUAAACCCUGAAAGUUUCAGGGUUGUGAAUACUCAGAAACGCUACUUUGUUCUAGGAAGUCCAAGCUUGGCAGACCUGAAGUCUUUAAGCAGGAGAUUUAACUGUCAGUGCUACAAAGGACUGAAAUGCACUCCUAGGACAUACAAAGAGCUUGCCAAGGCCCUGAUGUUCAGUGUUAAGCGAGGGCAGUACCAGAACUCCCCCACUCUGAGAAAAGUUGGAUUAGAUGACACCGAGCAGGCCAGCAUCGCUAAAGAUAAAGUUAAUAAGAACUUUAAUGCAGCUGACAAUUAAAUUUGGUGGUUACAAACUAAAUUGUUAGUCUGGUCUAGAACCCAGAAUCAAACUUCUACUCGCAUAGAAGAUGAGCUUAUA